CAAUCAGACUGCCAGAUGGACGCCCACUUUCUUUUCAGGAAGUUGAGCAGCUAUCCUCUGGGGCUGUUGCAUAACAAGCAGGCUUGCAUUGUCGAAGGCAGAUCCGCUCAGCAGAGACAACAUCACACUACGAUGGAAGAGAUAACUAGACCCCCGUUGUACGACUUCCACGGUGUUCACAUGUCCCACUACUUCACCGACAACUGGGACAAAGUGCAGAGCUUCCAAGCCAGACCAGAUGACAUUGUGGUGGCCACUUACCCCAAAGCAGGAACCACCUGGGUCUCACACAUCCUGGAUCUGAUGUACUUUGGGAAGUCCAACCCAGAGAACUUCACGUCCACUCCUGUGUACGAGAGAGUCCCGUUUCUCGAGAUCAUUGUCCCUGGAGUGUUGAAUGGAGUGGAUUUGGCAGAGAACCUGACAACAACUCCUCGCCUUAUUAAAACUCACCUGCCAGUCCAGAUGGUCCCUAAAUCCUUCUGGGAGCAGAAGUGCCGGAUUGUCUACGUGGCUCGGAAUGCCAAGGACUGCGCCGUAUCCUUGUUCCACUUUGGCCGCAUGAACAAGAUUCAGCCGGAUCCAGGAGACUGGGACACCUACCUGAAGGACUUCAUGGACGGAAAGCAGACAUUCGGAUCCUGGUAUGACCAUUCCAUUAACUGGUGGGAGAAGAAAAAGACGUAUCCAAACCUCCACUACGUGUUCUACGAAGAUCUGGUGGAGGACUGUGGACGAGAGGUGGACAACUUCUGCUCCUUCCUGGGUGUGACUCUGACAGCAGAGGAGAAACAGAGAGUUCUGGGUGGAACCCAGUUCGACAACAUGAAGAAGAACAAUCUGACCAACUACUCCGGCAUUGGAGCCAUGGACUUCAAAGUGUCUCCAUUCAUGAGAAAAGGUAAAGUUGGAGACUGGAAGAAUCACUUCACCGUGGCUCAGAAUGAGCAGUUUGAAGAACACUACAAAGAGAAACUGAAGAAUUGCACAUUGAAAUUUCGCACUGAGCUUUGAAGGGGCAUUACUGUACAUUUUUCCCCUUCAGUUAUCAAAUCUGAUUACUGCUUACAGAGUAGCUUGGCAUCAAAAUUAAAAACAAAAUUGGAUACUCCAACUUAUAUUGAGUUGAAGAUUACACAAACUUAUUGAUCUCGUAAUUCUUUGCAGGUUACACGUACAAGCUUUUGCAUUGUCAGCUCUGUUUACGUUAACAGAACUGUGGGCUGUGUUUUGUUUAGAUUAGGCGCAGUAUUUUUAAAGUUUUUUUUUCACAAAAUUUCUUGAAAAUGGACGAACAUUUCACACUGAGUCUGAGUACAGGUGACAUUUCAUCUUGAUCACUAUUAAACAAUGGUAUACAUUAAUAGUGGCCCUUCAAAACAGUUAAAAAAAAAAAAAAAGAUAGAGCCUUUGGAUUAUGUGGCUUUGACGCGCUAUGAAAUUGUCAUAAACACACUUGAUCACUGCUCAAAUAAAGCC